AUGGAUUCGGCUCCCAGUCAUGUUCGCAAAGGUUCUACUUCGACAGUGAGCACUGAGGGAGGCGAUGGAGGGCCUUCUAAAUCUACAAGGGACAACAAAAAGGGAUUCAUAGUAAAUAGCAGGAUAAAAAGAGGUGGAAGUCAUUUACGACUCGGAAGACCUGGAAAAGUCACGGCCGCAAGUUCUCGUCCUAACGUCUUAACAAGAACAACCUCUCAUAAUCCAAAUUAUGAUCGUGUUCACAAUACGCAUGCUGCUAUACCUAGGCAAAGAUCUCUCAACGACCUUAAUGAUUUGCAUGGAAGUAGAGCAGUGACAGCGAGAACCGGCUUAAUUCCUUUGACCCAGAGGAAGCCUAAGCCUGUUUGGGAAGAAAUUACUAACGAUAAUGACUCUACGGCUGGAAAUUUUGAUACGGAAAGUAUUCGCACCGAUCCGCCUGAAACAGAAACGCGCAAUCCCCCUCCAUUGAAUAUUGCUCAGCUGAACGAAGACCAGUCUCGUAAAUUACCUGAAAAAAACACUUUUUUGCUCCCAAAAGAAAGCCAAACUACCAAUGAAAGGGUCAACAGGACGGACCAUGAAAAACCUUCUUCCCCAAAUAUUUCACUUCCACAAGUUGCCACAGCUGAAUCAUCGAUUAAAGAAGAAAAAAUUCGACCAGAAGAUGUCAGCGCUUUACCACCUUCGAAUCAGCAUAAAGCCGUUUCUGACUUUUCUGAUCGUCCACUUGGUCCCACAGACAUGUAUCCGCGGUACCCUCUUGCUACUCCAAGUGCUCCUGAUACAAUGCAAUCAAGCUCCAUUCAUAACGAAUCGGUUUUACCGAAUACUUCGACUGAGUACGGACCACUUCCUUCUGUAUAUCUACCGGAUUUUCAGAAUCCAGACCAGGAACCGGUUUCUCCUAAGGCACUAACUAAUGCUGAAUCUUCUAGAAAUUUGGAUUCAGAUACACAAAGUGUAACUACUUCUCUUCCUGGAGAUUUACUAACAAAUCGUAAAUUUUCCUCAAAUGUCACCAAAUCACCCGCUCAAUUGUACGACAUAGGUGCUUCUACUAGCAGAACUCAACAAAAACUUCUUAUUCAGAGAGCUUCUUCCCGAUUUGAUACAGUGGAAGAUGAUACCAAUGCAAAUCCCUCUAAACGAUACUUACACCCGCAAGCAAAGCAAAUCACGGAUUCAGUCCGAACAAAUUUCCGUAAUGUGAAAAGGAAUCGUGAAAUCGUAUAUGAAUUUUUGAUUAGGCUUCGUCCUUUUGUGGUUUCGUCAGAAAUUGAAGAUUUUUCUUCGUCUUCCAACCCCUUUACCUCAAGUCCCCAUGCUCCGAGUUCUUCCAAUCCGGGAUUAAAUUUGGGCUCUGCGAGUGGUUUCUCUUCAACUUCUCACUCUGUGAAUCCUAGCGAAAUAAUUCAUUCCUCUCAGCCGUCGUAUCCUUUGGCUAAUACACACAGGAAGUCUAUUCAUGUUCCCAAAGUUCGAAAAGGGGAGGAACCAGAAACAGUAGAGAAUAAAAUACUGGAACUAUGGAAAUAA